AUGGUGGCUAUGGUCUUGAAAGCCAGCAGCAGCGACCGAUCGGCGUUCGAGCCCCGAUUCUGCCACCUCCCCAGCGACGAGGUCAUGGAAUCGCCGGCGACGCCACCGCUCGGCAUCGAUAUGACGGUGGAGAGCCCGCCGUCGGCCAGGAGCGGGUUCGACGGGCCCCCGACCCGGACCGGAUCGGUGUCGCCGGACUCGUUGGUGAAAUUCCGCCACUCGAAUUUCUCGUCGAUGGCGUGGGACUCCAGCACGAGGCCGCACUCGGAGCACGUGGAGCAGAUUUUCGAGAUAGCUCGCGGGUUGGAGAGAAGUGAGUGUAAGUUUUUGUGGGUUUUGAGAGAUGCAGAUAAAGGUGAUGUCUUUGCAGGUGAAGUUAGAAGAGCUCCAUUGCCACAAGGGUUUGAAGAGAAAGUCAAAGGGAGAGGGCUGAUUGUGAGGGAUUGGGCCCCACAGUUGGAGAUUUUAGGACAUCCUUCUGUAGGUGGUUUUAUAAGCCAUUGUGGAUGGAAUUCUUGCAUGGAGAGCAUGAGCUUGGGUGUGCCCAUAAUAGCAUGGCCGAUGCAUUCGGACCAGCCGAGAAAUGCGGUCCUAACGACGAAUGUGCUGAAAAUCGGCAUCCAAAUCACGGAUUGGGAACGUCUUCAUGAAAUAGUAAAGUCGGGUGCGAUUGAGAAGGCUGUGAAGAUGCUAAUGGCGUCCGAAGAAGGCGAUGAGAUCAGGAAAAGGGCUGAGAGAUUAGGGAUUGCUGUUAGGGAGUCUUUGAAGGAAGGGGGAGCUACUGCCAAGGAGAUGGAUUCAUUUAUUGAGGAUAUGAAGAAAUAG